AUGUCGGAAAUGAAAAGAGUUGAAUUAACCACUGUGUCGUCGUCUCAAAAGCAGAAAAAAGUGAAAUGGAAGCAAAGUACUUAUCGCUUUAUCCUGACCCUGGGAGAGUCGAACGCCGAAAACAUGUCCGGAGUACUCCCAUUGAAUGGAACCCCAUUUGAUGAGCCAGACGAGGACAAAGAGGUGGCAGCUAUUGCCCAAAGAUUUGAAGCCAAAUAUGGACCAAAGGGCCUCAUCUCUGGCAAGAGGAAGAGAACACAAGAGAUGGACGACUACUACGAUCCAGGAGAGGGUUAUGAUGAAGACGACCCGUUUAUUGACAACACAGAAGCUGUAAGUGUAAAAUUUGUUCCGUCGCAUCCUGACCACACAGCACGGCGUUUCUACAUCAACCAGGGCAAACUGGAUUUCAAGUACUUGGAUGAGGAUUCCUCGGAUGCCUUCGCUAAUGUGCAGGAAGUGAAGAAACCCAAGAAGAAGCGAGUAUUGGAUUCUGACAGUGAGGAAGAAACGGGAGCUGCCAUUGCAAAGAAGUUCAAGGCCAUGAAAGCUAUGAAGAGGAAAAAGCAGUUAGAAAGUAAAAGUGGCGAGAAACAAAGAAAGAAACACUCCGGACUUGAGGACGGAGACAAGAUUUUCAAGAAGAAAAAACUGAAGAACUUGGACAAGUUAAAACUACAGAAGUCAACACCUGAUUCUGUAGCUCAGCAAGAAGCAGUCACUCCGCCAGUUCCAUCUCCUAACGUGACCACACCUUCACCUUCUGUGAUGGUUUCCUCUCCGUUUGCCCCCACCAACAAAAGCAUUGUACCACCACUGGCGAAUCAUAUCAUAGACGGAGUUCAAGGGAUGCCAGACACAGUACAGGAAGCCAAGGAAAAUAAAGAAAAGAAGCUGCGAUUCUUCUCUGAUGGAGUCAACAAGCUUCUCUUGGAUAUUGAACUCGGGUCUCGUAACUUGCCAUGGGGAAGUCGGACAGCCAUAUACGGUCACCUGGGGGAGCACUUACCUUGUGGAAAGAAUGCUCUUCAGCGACGGGCGAAAAAACUCAGGGAAUCCCAGCAGGAGGGACAACUCAAGCUACCCAUGCAGAAACUCAAAGAAGCUGUCAUGAAGGUGAUGCCAGGCCUGGAGGAGCAGCACGAGUUGGAGGUGCAGAGAGCUAAAAAUGAAUCUGAGCUUAAGGAAGGCGUAGCAGACGUGAAGGAGGAAGCUUCUACAGAAAGUGAAGAAGAGGAAAAAACUGAGAACAAAAAGAAACCUAGAGGGCCAAGACGGAAAUUUCAGUGGACUUCAGAAAUUAGGGAUUUGUUACUAGACAUUGUAUCAACAAAGAUGAAGCUCUUCAGCACAAGCAAAUCACGAAAUCAAACUGCCGAGGAGUAUCUGAAAGCAUUUUUGGAUUCAGAAAUAAAACCUAUAUGGCCACAAGGAUGGAUACAGACACGGAUGCUGUUCAAGGAGAGCAAGAAAGCUCACGAAGAUCUCACCAAGGGAUCAUUGCAGCCUCCUCAGCAGAAAUCUACAGCGCCGCAGCAGAUGGCUAACUCGCAGCAGCACAAACAUCCUCAGGAACUACCAAAGGUAGCCAAUCAGCAGCAAAACAAGGCAGCAAUGAGAUCUUCCACUUUGGUUGGGAGCUUGCAUAAUUCAACUGGGGCCCAUGUUAACUCCGUCGUGCCUGCCACUAAAUCCAUUAAUCCUUUUGUUGCCGUGCACCGCAUUCCAGAGACAGCUACUCAAAAACUUUCACUGGGUGGUAAAAGCAGCAGUUCAUCCUUGCAGCAAAACCAAACAGUUAUGCCUCUUAUCCAGCAGCAGGAGAAGACACUCAAUAAUUCUAAUGUUGGGCUGAAACCAAAUCAGCCUGCCAGAAAACUGCAGCAAUCAGAGACAAAUGCUUUUAGUGGUGCAACAUCUUCAGACAUCCCUCAAGCAAAAAAACUGGUAACUUCAUCACAGAACUCUGUGUCUUCCAGACUUGACUCUCAGACUAAAACUGUUGUACAUCAACCUACUGGUCCACACAAAAACAGUCAGCCUCCCAGCCCACAUUCCAAAUCAGGAAUUAUGGGAGGUACUUCCUGUAUUCCAACGCAGAACACUUCUGCCAAUUCAGGGCUAAAGUUGAAUCAACAAAAUCAGCAUAUAAAACCAUCUACUGGUUUACUUUUAGGUUCGCAGUCGAACUCUAGAGGAAAUGCAAAUAUUCCUAACAUGAGUGCCCAGAGUCAGCCUACAGGAGGCAUCAGGCAGCAUUCGCCUCCGGCAAAUUUACUGGGGUUUUCUGAUAAGCCCGCUGCUGGACCAGUAUCACCUCCAAUAGUUCUGUUAGAUAUCAGUUCCUCCCCAUCGAUGUCGAGAAGCAACACCCCAUCGCCGCAGAAGUCGCCUGUGUCUCCUCCAGGUAAUGCAGCCCUGUCCCUUUACGAGCAGAUCAAGUCCCAGAUCUGGCACCAGGAAGCAAUGGAGGACCAGGCUUUGAAAAAUCUUGCCUUGGCUUUAAACUGUGGCGGAUCAGAUGCUUCCAGGAUGUAUGGUAAGUGUUCAGAACUUCAUCAUUUUUAA